AUGCUUGGAAUUGAAGGUCUCUCGGACGCCUCCUUCCGUGGCGAUGAGCGCUGGAGAAAGGCAUCAAAAUGGACAGGUCACGCUCCGUGGUUUGUGCUUGCGAUCGGCAUAUUGAGUAUGAUUGAGAUCGCACUGGGGGCGGUAUGGAUUGCGUCGCUGACCACCGACCUGAACUUCGGCCAGGUCAUCCAACCUAUCCUCAUCCCAGGGCUGGCCUUCUUCAAUGCCAUCCCUUCUCUCCACCUACACGUGCUUGCCCGGGUGAAUCCACCUCGACUGGCACUGUGGUUCUCCGCGACGCUAUCGAUCAUCCAUUUCGUCAGCUCCGUCCUCUUCAUGGGCGCCUGCGUCGGAAAUCACUCGCACGGGUCGCUGCAACGCAACGAAUGCCCCUCGGCCACUGGUGGCAGUGAAGGCAUUUGGGAUGCUAUGGUUGCCCUGCAGUUCAUCAGCGCCGUCCUGUACGGUCUGGUCGCGGUGAUGGCUUGGAAAGUUAGGAAGGUUGUGGAGGCUAGGGAUGAGAGGAUCGCCCAGGGCGUGGAAAUGGUCAGCGAAGAGGAGAAACAGAGACGGGAGAGCGAGGCCAGGGAGAGGUGGAAGUAUCUUUCUGCAGGUUGA